AUGCCCAUCAUCAGUCUGGCUACGAUCGAGAAACAGGAGCGGGCGAGACUCUUGCUUGACGAACGAACCGAGCUCAACUCUGAGACGGAACAAAUCCAACAGAUUUUGACGAUCGUCGAGAGCUUACGGCGGCAGCCCAGCCCCCUGGACGAGCACCAUCUCAUCGCAGAGCUUCAUCGCAUCUUCCGCGUCUUUGAUGGAAGAAGCAUGCAUUCUGCCACGCCAGCCAUCGUGGACGACGAGACCGGCGCUACAACACCUGUUGACAUUGUGCAACAGGGGGCCUCGCCUUUGGCUGGGCCAGAGCGGACGAAGGAGGCCAACCGGCUGCUGAGCGUCACGGUAGCCCGCAACGUGCUCACCUGGGCGCGCCAGCACCUGGCCGCACAAGCUGAGCGCGCCAAGGAGGCUGCCCUGCUGCGACGUGAGAGCGAUGACGAUGGCCUGGAAGGUCUCGUGCUAUCACUGGCGGCUGCCCUCAAUCAGGCGGAGCAGACCGAGCUUCACAGCAUCCUGCAAGGGCUUCCGCCCUCCGUGCUUGGAGACGAAGGAGCACAGGAAGAGACACGUGUGUUCCUGGACAUCAAGAAGGACAUCCGGGAAGCACAGAAGCUGGAAGGAAGCAAAGUCGAACGACGGCAGCAGCUGGUGGAGGUGGUGACUGGAGUGGUCGUCGAGCUGAUUCAAACGCUCAGCCCCACACUGGUCUGCGAUAGCAAGGGCAAGGAGAAGGACGAAAACAACACAGAGGGCAGCGCUGCUCGUGUGGUGGCUUCUCUGCUGUCGUGCGUGGAUGAACAGGACCGGCUUCGGCUCGUGAUGGAGCAGCUUCUGCUGGCCAGCGGCAAAUGGCUGCCCAGGGAUCACGAGCGACGGGACGAGCGUCUCAGGGCCGUGUUCCGCCGUAGCCAAUAUGACGACGCCGCCCCACAGCCCACAUCGGAGGCCUUGGUCAUCCUCCCUUGA